AAUGUCAACAGGUCCACUGAUUGUAUGACUCAAUUCUCAGAAACUGAGGAACGAGGGAAUAAAAUAAUACUUGAAGUGAUGAAUGGUUAAGAAUUUUCCCCAACUGAUGAAAAAUACCCAUCCACAAACCUCAGAAGCUCAUUGAAUCCCAGUUAAGACAGAUACAAAGACAAUCUUGCCCUGGACAGCACAGCAAAACUGCUGAAAAGCCAAAAAUUAUAAACACCAAAGCACAAGAGCAGCUAUAGAAAAAUGGGUUCAGGAGAAAGAAUUCUCAGAAACACAGGAGACCAAAUGGCAAAACCCAACCUCUUCAGAGGAGGAAAGAAAAAACACGUCUACCCAGAACCUUAUGUCCUGCACAAACACCCUUCAAUAAUGAGCCGAAGAAAGACAUACUCAGCCAAGAGUCCGUUCCCAUUUGACCCACAUAAAUGCUACGAGGAGUUCUUCAGAGAAAGGAGCUCAGGAGGGGAAGGACAAAUGUGUGGAUAAGUACAGGCUUAACGGAUUUCCAGGCGGAUGGAGAGACAUUCUCUGACAGCUGAAAGCUAAGGCUCAGCCUCUAGAGGAUCACAGAGAAGGAGGCUUGUUGUGAAACUGAGUCAAAAGGAUGCUCUUAUAGCAGACUUUCAAGACAACCCUUAGCCUGGGAUAACAACCAGAGGAUGACUGGCCUGAGAACUUGGUAUUCCAGAAAGCAGAAUUCAGGUGGUGUCCUCUGCUGCCGUAUCUGCGCCUGCACAUGGCAUGCCCCAGGCCCACUUGUCCUGCCCCGGGCCUCUCACCCACACUUGGUGUACCACAUUCCUGUUCGCAUCCAGCUUUGAGCCCCUUUGCGGGCGGAUGAGCCUACGCACCCGCACCCGGCGCCUCCUCCACCUUCAGCCCACCUCAGGCCUGGCCCAGCUCCUCAACACUGUGUUCAGGUUCCACAACAGGGGCUUGGACAUCUGGAACCAGAACCAAGCAGACCCCCACACGGAGGGGAAGCACCCCUCCCAGCCCUGUUGGCCAAGAGACCUGGACAUGUGCCAUGCCUCCAACUCCACACUGCACAGAAGGCAGCUGGCCACCCCUCCUCAGACAUCCAUGGACCCCAGAUCCAAGAUCUCCACCUUGGCCCUCCUGCUACACAAAGGAGAGUCACAGACUCACAGGGCGAGUUCCUGUACCUCCUGCCCACCUCCAUGCAACCUCUCAAAGGGCUCUCCAGCCCAUGUGGCACCACCAGCCUGGGUGAGGCGACUGGUCCAGUUAGGGCCACCAGUCCUGGCAGGGCCAAAAGUCCAGGCAAGGCGACCAGACCAGGGAGCCCCACCAGCCCAGGUGGGACCACCAGCCCAGGUGAGGACAUCAGCCCAGGAAGGACCAGCAGCCCAGAUGGGACCAGUGGCCCUGGUGAUGCCGCCAGCACAGGUGGGACCAACAGCCCAUGUGGGGACGUUUCCCCAGGCAGGAGCAACGGCCCAAGUGGGGCCGCCAGCCCAGACUGGGGUACCAAGCCUUGCUGGACCAAUGGCCCCAAUAGGGACAGCAGCCCAGGUGAUGGGGCCACUAGACCAGGCCACGACUCCAGCUGAUGCCAGGCUACCAGCCCAGGAAGGCCCAGCAUACCAGGUGGGGCCACCACUCCAGUCAAGUCCACCAGCCCAGAUAUGUCCAUCACCUCAGGCGAGGCUACCAACCCAGGUGGGGACACCAGCCCAGUCAGGUCCACCAGCCCAGGUGGGGCCAACACCCCAGGUGUGGCCACCAGCCCAGGCAGGGACACCAGGACCAGCAAGGAUACCAGCCCAGGCGGAAGCAACAUGCCAGGCCAGGCCGACAGCCCAGACGGGAACACCAGCCCAGGCAGGGACAUCAGAACAGCCAGGGCCACCACCCCUGGCAGCGCCACCAACCCAGGCAGAACCAACAGCCCAAGCGGGACCAACAACUUGCAUGAGGCCAUCAGCCCAGGUGGAGACACAAGCCAAGGCAAGGCCACCAGGCCAGGAAGGGCCACCAGCCCAGGCAGGACAAACAGCCCAUAUGAGGCCACUGGCCCAGGCAAUGCCACCAGAACAGACUGCACCAACAGCCCAGGCAGGGACACCAGCCAUGACAGAAACCCUGUGGUCACAGCUAGGCUUUGGAAACAUUGAGAGUUUGCUCCUUCUGUUGACUCGCUGUGCUCUGGUGCUGCUCUUUUCCUUCUGGACAUUUAUCUCAUGCAGAGAGAUAAAGGACUACCGUGAGUUCCAACAAGAGCAGUUGGCAGAGCUGGGGAAAGGAUUGAAGAUGAUGGGUAAAGCCCUGGGAGAACUUGAGAAGACACUAAAUACAGAAAGAGAACAUAAAAAACAUCUUUCCAAGGAGCUGUCUGAGCUAAAGGCAGAGCUCAGAAUUUCUGAAAAGGAAACAGAGAGAUGGAAAAAGCUGUUUUUUCUAUUGUCCCGGGCACAACACCUUUUAAAGGCCUUCCCAGAAGAUGCAAAGGGGCACUGUGCGCAGGUGGAGCAGGGCCCUUAGAGGCAGGCCCAGGCCUGGGAGCUGGAGAGUUUCUUCCUCCCUGUGCACGCCCCCUAGAGGGGGAGAAGAGGGGUGGGGAGG